AUGAGGUUAUCUACUGUGGUUGCUCACAAGUUCUUCCAUCUCCAAGACUUGUUGGGUUUCGAUAAGGGAAGCAUGACAAUAGCUUGGUUACUCUCCGUGUCCGAGGCCUCGAUCAUGCAGCUCCUGGGAAGCGUGUCUGCACCAAGACACGGAGGAGGACAAGAACAUGGAUAUGUCGGAAACGAAACGGUUGAACUCGAAGCUCAAGAGGGUACGGCCGGAAUUAGGAGGACGAGAAGAAGGACAACAAAGAUUGUGCAGAGGCCGACGAGGACCAAGGAAUCAAGAAACGAGGCGAGGAGACGGGCUCGCGAGAGAACGAUGACCAAGCGGAGGAACAUCAGAUCGGGAUCAGCCUUUGGAAUGAUGUCCGGAGCAUUUUGUCAUCGUCAAGAAACCAACUCUGAUGAUUCGGGCCGGCAGUUAGGUUCCCACGGUACUUCAAAAGAAACACAGGAGGAUCUUUGUCCUAAUUGGAGCCAAGAAACAAGACUCGAUAUGGAAGAACAAAGCCAAGAACAAGGGUUGCUAAAUUUCCUAGAGUGUCAAAUGGAUGCACUCCGCAGUAUCGAGAAGUUUCUUGGGAUUGAUAGUGAAUCAAGCUAUUCAUCGAUCUCGGGAGAUUCAACGAGGAAGAAUUCCGAGGAAUCUCACAGGGUUCUUCCUUGA